ACUCUUCUUGUUUAUCCAACGAACUCCUAGAUGAAAAGUUUCCUAUAGUUUCCAGCACAUUCAGUUGCUUUUCAUCCUAUAAAAAACCCAUCUCUUUAGUUCUUAAUAUAGUGUUCUGCAAUAUCUUUUGUAGAUCUACCCCCUGUAAGAGCCUAAUAAAAAUGAUGUCACAUUUUAUAACUUUUCUUUUGUCACUGACAGUCCUGACACUGCUCACGUAUUCCGCCUCGUCCGAAAACGGUGAUGAUUACGUUCAAGAUGCUUGCAGUGUUACACGAUACCGCAAUCUCUGCAUCCGCUCUCUAUCACCGUUUUCAACUACAGCAAAGCGCAACCCUACUACAUGGGCACGAGCCGGGGUGUCAGUGACCAUUAGCGAAGCCAAGAGAGUCGCUAGUCAUCUCGUGAAGUUGAGUUCCUCUGGAGGAAGAUAUAAAGGUGCCCUUCAGGACUGCGUCGAGGUUUUUCAAGAUUCACUUGACAAUCUUCAUAAAUCACUGUAUGUACUGAGAGAACUGAAUGGUCAGACAUUCACUUCGCAAAUGAGCGAUGUGACGACAUGGAUGAGUGCUGCUCUUACUGAUGAAGACACCUGCUUGGAUGGAUUUAGCGGGCACAAGGGAAGGCAGAUCAAGUCGUUGCAGAAUCGAAUCAGAAAUGUUAGUUAUAUCACUAGCAAUGCCUUGGCUCUUGUUAAUAAACUCGCAACAACAGGUGUAUCAGAUCCUUAGAAGUAUAUGAUUAAUUACUCCAUACUACAGAAGGUAGAAAGUGUUGUGGAAUAAGUAGGAUUGGUGAACAUUUGUGUACACUGCUCCAACCUGGAUGUCCGGAAAAACAGAAGAUAAACUCAUCAUUUGAGCUAUCCAAUCGUUAAGGUUAUGUAAUAUAUCUGUUUGGUAAUUAUUGUUUGUUGUUUUCGUGAACUGAAAAUCUAGUGCAUGGUUCUUAAGGGGAUGGGUUUUCUGUUUAUA